UCUCACAUACGCCAAACCAUUCUCUGAGAAAUUCCAAGGCAGAUACUUGCAAGCUGAGUUUCAGUCCUUCAUCUAUCUCCUUCUCUCUCUGUUUUUCUUCAGUUUCACUCCACUUGGUUGUAGUCUUUUGUGAUGGUUUCACUAUUUGGGGGUAAGGAAAUUGAAGGCAUGAAGGAAAUGGUGUCUCUGAAGCUCACCGUCCCUAUAUUUAUGUUGUUCCUAUGUCUCCAUAUAUGUUGUGGCAGCACGUUAACUUAUGUUAAAGAUCCAGUCUUGACGAUUAAACAAGAAGAUUCUAUGUUACCGAUGAUCUCUCCUACAGGGACUCCUCAGCCCUUUCUUCCCCUUCUGGCUCCUUCACCACUGGCACCAUUCACAAAUGCCACUGUCCCAAAAUUAUCAGGACUCUGUACGCUAAACUUCAGUGUUGCUGAGAGUUUGAUGAGUGUGACCUCAGUUGAUUGUUGGUCGGUUUUUGCACCACUGCUCGCUAAUGUAAUUUGUUGCCCACAGUUGGAAGCCACUCUCACAAUUCUCCUUGGUCAAUCCAGUAAAGAGACCAAUGUUCUUGCUUUAAAUGGGACGGUUGCUAAACAUUGUCUAUCAGAUAUUGAGCAGAUUUUGGUGGGCCAGGGUGCAAAUGACAGUCUUGCACAAAUAUGCUCGGUUCAUUCAUCAAAUCUGACUUAUGCAUCUUGCCCAGUCAUUGAUGUUAAUGAGUUUGAGGAUACAGUUGAUACUUCCAAGUUGCUUGCCGCUUGUGAGAAGAUUGACCCUGUGAAAGAAUGCUGUGCUCAAACUUGUCAAAAUGCCAUAUUAGAAGCUGCUACGAGGAUCGCAUCAAAAGCUUCUGAUCUUUUGAGCACGGAUGGUGCUCAUGAUAUCUUACCUGAUGGAGUAAGUAAAGUCAAUGACUGCAAAAGUAUUGUCCUCCGGUGGCUGGCAAGUAAACUCAAUCCUUCUCAUGCUAAGGAAGUUCUAAGGGGACUAUCUAAUUGCAAGAUUAACAAGGUUUGUCCCCUGGUUUUCCCCAACAUGAAGCAUGUUGCAAUGGGUUGUGGGAAUGGGAUAAGUAACCAGACUGCCUGUUGUACUGCCAUGGAGAGCUAUGUGUCCCACUUGCAAAAGCAGAGUUUCAUAACCAACUUGCAAGCUUUGGAUUGUGCUGCAUCACUGGGCAUGAAGUUAAGAAAAUCAAAUAUUACUGAAAAUGUGUACAGCCUAUGUCAUAUAAGCCUCAAGGAUUUCUCCCUCCAAGUUGGAAAUCAAGUGUCUGGAUGUCUUCUGCCGAGCUUGCCUUCCGAUGCAACAUUUGACAGUUCAGGGGUCAGCUUCCUUUGUGAUCUGAAUGAUAACAUUCCAGCUCCCUGGCCCACCUCUUCUCAAGGGGCAGGUUCAUCAUGCAGUAAAAAUGUCAAGAUUCCUGCACUUCCUGCAGCAGCAUCCGCUGAAAGUGGUCUGUACAAUGAUGAUGUGAUGCUUUCUCUACUCCUUGCUUCUGGGGUGGUCCUCAUGAUGAUUUUGUAAUAAGUAUUCCCUUGAAAGAAACUUGUCGGUCCUUGAAGGAGGAGGAGUGAUUAGUUCUUUGUUAUGUUAGUCACCCCAAGCUAGUCGAUAGAAGACCGUGAACUGGGGAUAGAAGCUAGAUCUGAGGUGAUUUAAUGUUUGUGCUUCCAAUCCAUAUUAAUUCAUGAUUCUUGCUUGCUUCUGUAAUAAAUAUUUUUUUUUGUAAAGAAAAUUAGGAAAGUGAGGGAGGUUAUAUUGUAGCUGACACUAUCGAGAUUGCAUGUGUAAAUUCAGAUUGCAGCCUAAAUAUAAGUUUAGUUCUUUUUGCCCAA